UAAUUUAACACAAUCCUUUCUCAAACUCCCAAGAGUCAAUAUUCACAUCUCUAAUAAAUACCCUUCCACUCCACUUCCAUAUCCACCAUAGCAAAACCAUUUCUUUAGCUUCCAGAGCUCUCUACCCUCCUCUAACAUUUCCAUUUCUUGAUCAAAAUGGGCAAGGAUGUUGAAGGCGGCGACUUCCAAGCCAAGGACUACCAUGACCCGCCACCGGCACCCUUGAUCGACGCUGAGGAGUUUACUCAGUGGUCAUUUUAUAGAGCUAUUAUUGCUGAGUUUAUAGCCACGCUCCUGUUCUUGUAUAUUACUGUGUUGACUGUGAUUGGUUACAAGAGCCAGACUGAUCCUUCCAAGAAUAGUGAUGCUUGUGGUGGUGUUGGCAUUCUUGGUAUUGCUUGGGCUUUUGGUGGGAUGAUCUUCAUUCUUGUUUACUGCACUGCCGGUAUCUCAGGUGGACACAUAAACCCAGCUGUGACAUUUGGGUUAUUUUUAGCAAGGAAGGUGUCUCUAGUGCGAGCCAUACUGUACAUGGCAGCUCAAUGCUUAGGAGCCAUAUGUGGAUGUGGGCUCGUAAAGGCAUUCCAAAAGGCUUAUUAUACUAGAUAUGGCGGUGGAGCCAAUGAGCUUGCUGAUGGGUACAGCAAAGGCACUGGAUUGGGAGCUGAAAUUAUUGGCACCUUUGUUCUUGUCUACACUGUCUUCUCUGCUACUGAUCCUAAGAGAAAUGCCAGAGACUCUCAUGUUCCUGUUUUGGCUCCACUUCCAAUUGGAUUUGCUGUGUUCAUGGUUCACUUGGCCACAAUUCCAAUAACAGGAACUGGGAUUAACCCAGCAAGGAGUUUUGGAGCUGCUGUGAUUUACAAUAAGGACAAGGCAUGGGAUGACCAAUGGAUAUUCUGGGUUGGACCGUUCAUUGGAGCUGCAAUUGCUGCAAUUUACCACCAAUACAUCUUGAGAGCUGGUGCUGUUAAAGCUCUUGGGUCUUUCAGGAGCACAUCCAACGUAUAAUUCAAGUGGAGGAAAAAGAGAAAUCCUCUAUCUGCAAUCUUUGAAUAUGUAAAUGAUGUCUCAAUUUGUGUGCUUAUGCUUUAAUUGGGCACUUGUUUUAUUUUUGUGCUCAGACGUUGCUUCUUUUUCUUUUUCUUUUUUAAUUUUCACUUUGUGGGUUUGUACUCAUAAUGAUGUUGAUAAAUUAUGAGCAAUUACUUUGUGUCUUUUCAUCCCA